AUGGAGAGUGCUCCCAAUUAUACUUUGUCGGAGGGCAGUGAGGCAGACUUGACAUGUGAACAUUAUUUAAGCUGUUCAGAAGAAAGUGAAAAUGAAGAAAUAAAGUCAAGAGUCACUCAAAGAGAAUUGAUACGUCCAGAUAACACAGUGUCAGUGGCUGACCCUGAUAACCUUUCUAAGAAAUCAAUGGCCAUCAAUGCUCCUUCAAGGAGGAGCCUGUCAAUCAGUGGAAGCAAUCAGCCUGCAGUCGUGGAAGAUCCCAUGUUAUCUGAGAGUCCAAAAAUAAGCAAUUCCCAAAGGAGAAGCACAUUUUUAAGCAUGGUCUAG